AUGGCCAAGGUGUCGGAGGGAGUGUGGACCGCCUCGUUCGCCGUCCCGGGCGCCCUGGCCCCGAUCACCUUCGGAUGCGUGCCGUGCGUCCACCGCGGGCCGGACGACGAGGGGACGCCCGUGGAUCCCCGCCACAGCCUGUGCGCCCCCGACCCCGGCACACGCGCCGCGAGCAGCCCGCCGGUGACUGCGGAGCGCGCGUCGAACGCCGUCGCGCCCUCCCGCGUGCGCUGCAGGCACUGCGGUGUUCCCGUGGGCAUGACCACGGGCGGGCCGUCGCCCCUGGGGUGCUCGGUGGUGUCCAAGGCCAAGGACGGGGCCGGCGUGACGCGCUACAGCGUGAACUUCGCUCUCUUCUCCCGCGUGGCGACAGGCGUCAACCUGGUCCUCGUGAGGUACGACCCGCGCGGGACCGGCGGGGCGAAGGUGAUCGAGACCAGCUUGGACCCGCACGUCAACCGCUGGGGCGACGUGUGGCACGUGCAGCUCGACGGACUCAAGGACCUCGAGACGCUGUACUACGGGUUCCGCGUCGACGGCGACAUGUCGUGGGAGGACUCGAGGUGCGGGAACUCCGCGUGUCGCUUCGGAGAAUCAUUGAAUCAAUGA